UCCCGGCGCCCCUUCCCCGACGCGCCCUGCCGCCGGCACCCGGCAGAUUCGCCGAUCCAAGCACAACCCGAAUGGAGCCGGCGGAGGCGGGAGGCGGCAUCGCCGCCACGAGGAGCAGCCCGGCCGCCGUGCAGGCCACCGAGGACGACGCCGCAGCGAGCACGCUGACCGAUGAACAUGUCGGAGAUACUGCCCAGCCACCAUCAGGACAAACAGUACAAGAGCUAGUUGAUUCAUUCUCAGGCCAACUACCAGGGAGGAUUUGUGCCAAAGGAAAAUCAACCGCGGGUGUUUUGGUGGAGGAGAAGGACCUGGUUUCGUACCGCCGCGACUGGGAGAAAUCUUGGGGUGACAAAUGUGGCUCCUUCGAAUUCUACUCGUGCGUGAGAGCCAUGCUCUUCACAUGCAAACGCACCCCGCCACAUGCAGGCGUCAAGACUUGCCUGCAAAUCUUCUCCGUCAGAGUCAUGGAGAUCGACGGUGGUUAUCUUGAGUGGCCACUCGAGGUCUACGGCCUGGUCGCCACCCGGGACUCGAUGGAUCAUAAUCGUAACAUUAUCUUCAGACUCAGGAGGGAUGCCUGCCAACUCCUCACUCAACAGGAUCCAUUUUUGGCGCUGACCGGCCCGUCUCAUGCGAUUGUCUUCACCGGCCCAGUCGACAUUGAGAUACAACUCAAGGUGAAGGGCAGAACCACAGAGCAUGAAGACAAAGAUUUCAUCUCCAAAGUGCUGGUAUACGGACGUGAUCCUAGUGACAAACUCGCCGAUGAUAAACAAUAG